AUCUCGAUGUUCGAUGCGAUCUGAAACCUCCAAUCAGACCGGAACACAGCUCUAACAAAAGCGCCAUCUGAAACAGCACAUGGCGUGGCGUUUUGUCCGCCUGCAGCGUCCAUUUCUUUCCGGUAACGGUCGUUGAGAAGAUCAGUCGCACUUUCAACGUCUUCGGCGCUCUUGUUCAUCGUUCAGGAUGACGUCUAAAGUUUCGCGCGAUACUCUCUACGAGUGUGUAAAUGCUGUGCUUCAACACUCUCAAGAAAAGAAAAGAAAAUUUCUGGAAACUAUAGAGCUACAGAUCGGCUUGAAGAAUUAUGAUCCACAGAAGGACAAGCGUUUCUCGGGGACAGUCAAGUUGAAGAAUAUUCCCAGGCCAAAGAUGCAAGUAUGCGUUCUUGGCGAUCAACAGCAUUGUGACGAGGCCAAGGCCAACAAUAUUCCGUACAUGGACGCGGAAGCUUUGAAAAAAUUGAACAAGAACAAGAAACUCGUCAAAAAACUUGCAAAGAAAUAUGAUGCGUUCUUAGCUAGUGAGUCGUUGAUCAAACAGAUUCCUCGUCUGCUCGGUCCCGGUUUAAACAAGGCCGGUAAAUUUCCUGGUCUGUUGUCUCAUCAGGAAUCGAUGGUCGGUAAAAUCGACGAAGUCAAAGCCACCAUUAAAUUUCAAAUGAAGAAGGUGUUGUGUCUGUCGGUGGCUGUCGGACAUGUUGAUAUGACACCCGACGAGUUGGUGCAGAACGUCCAUCUCUCGAUAAACUUCCUUGUUUCUCUGCUGAAAAAACACUGGCAGAAUGUGCGCUCGCUUCACAUAAAAUCCACCAUGGGGCCACCGCAGAGACUGUACUAAAUUAAAUAGUGCAAUUUUUAUCACGAAGAUGUACAUCCGUUAUACAAUAAAAACUGAAAAAAAAAA